AUGUCCUCGGGACGGUCCCAUCUGCGGAGGAGGCAGGCGGCGAGGUCUCCAGGCCGCGGUCGCUGCGAGGGCUACUGCAGCCUCCUCCGCCCCAUUGUUCCCCUUCCCAGUGGAUCUCCGGCGGAGCGGCGGUGGCUGGGAGCAAGCCCGGGAACCAGGAAGUUCCCCGGCGCGACACCUCCUGCGGCCGCUAUGGAAACCGGUAAGCAGGACCAGCUGCUGCCUGCUGGCUCCUUUCAGAAGAAGAGGUUGACAAGAAGGCCCGGCUACAUGAGGACCGACACCAGGCCCCGGAUAGAAGGCCUUCCGCCUACAACCCACCCAUUAUUCAACCUGAAGGAGCUGGGCCACGGCAAGGGUAGAAGGGCUGAGCUCAAGACCUCCACCAUGGCCAGACUGGGAGACUCUGAUUUGAGGAGAAAGGGUUUUCACUCUUCAAAUGGGAAUCUCGUCCUUAAGGGCAAUAGGAUCAUAGGGCACAGUAAACCAGGAAAUUUCUGGCCUCCGCUAGGAUCAGAUACCGAAUUGACAGACAGUGUAACUGAUGUUAUUGAUCCCUCUGCUUCUGUUGGUUUGGACAAUUUCUCACCCUCAAGUAGACCUGAGGCCUCCCAGGAGGUAGCCGGGGGUCUCAGAACUCAGGGCCCCACAUGCCCCAUGGUACAGAAGGAAGCAAACAGCUCCUGUGACCUAGUAAGCCACCAGCAGACCCCUCCUAGCCCUCAAGACGGCUUUAACUCGAGCUUUAGUUUCAUACGGCUUUCCCUCCGAUCUGCUGGGGAGCGAGGAGAGGCUGAAGGUUGCCUUCCCACAAAGGAGGGAGAGCAGCCCCCUUGUCAAAGUCCCCCUGAGGGACGAGCAGACAACACUGGCAGGAAUGAGUCUCUCACCAAGCAGGGCGAUUCUGGAGCCCACCAGGGCCCGAGGCACGUUUCUCAGCCCUGCAGCUGCAGGCCUGCCCAGGGCCUUGUGGGCACACCUCUGGCCCACAGCAUCCAGCCCGAGAAGGAGGUUUUUUCUUUCACGAAUACCAAUGCAGCCAUCUCCUGUUCCCCAGACGCCUCCUCCGUCGUCUCUUCAGUUACUUCAGGCUACCAGAGCAGCAUCAUGGCAAGUGAUCACAGUUGGGACAUCCUGAUCAAGAAAUAUGAGCCGGUGCUUACGGACUGCCUUCUGAGUAACCGGGCUGUGCUGAAGAUAAAAUCCUUGAUGUUGAAGCUUCAGAAACUUCAGGAAAAAGCAGUUGAAGAAGAUAAUUAUGACAAAGCUGAAGAAUUAAAACAAAAAAUAGAAGGCUUGGAAAAAGAAAAGGGCACCCUAAAGUUUCAGCUUCCUUCAAGACAUCCAUCUAUUAGUUCAUUUUUGGACCAUUUUGGAGCCCAAGUCCAAUCUGCUCUGCAUUGGGCUACACAUGCGGACAGCAGUGAAGAAACCCAAACCCAGCUCAAAAUGGAGACCAACCUCUCAGGAUCUGCAGCUCAGGAAAGACUCCAGGUUUCCAUCACCAGGAGAGACUGGCUUCUUCAAGAGAAGCAGCAGUUGCAGAAGGAAAUCGAAGGCCUCCAAGCAAGAAUGUCUGUGCUAGAAGCAAAAGAUCAACAAUUAAGACGGGAUAUAGAAGAGCAAGAGAGGUUCAUCCAAUUUCAGGACUGUGAGCUGACUUCCCUGCUGGUCUCUGUGCCCCUGGGAGAACUGCAGGAGGUCAGGAAGGCCUUGGAUGACACACUAGCCUUAUCCUAUCAGAUCCCAUUUAAUCUGGAACUCCCUGGAACUAUGAAGAGCCUUCAAGAGAGGGAGCAAUCACUCAACUUGGCCAUUAAAGAAAUUACAUCAAAGGUUUGUACAAGUCAGAAACUCUGCAGCACUUUGAGGAGGAAAGCGAAUGAAAUUGAGACCCAACUACCAGCCUUGCUUGAAGCCAAAAUGCUUGCUGUUUCAGGGAAUAAUUUCUCUACAGCCAAGGAUCUCGUGGAGGAGAUUAGGUCGUUAAUAUCUGAGAAAGAAGGGCUGGAGGGCCUGAUCAACAAGCUGCUAGUGCCUGUUGCCAGGAACGUCAGGAAAUUGGAGAGAAUUAAAGAAGAUUACAACAGACUGAGACAAGAAAUAGAACAGGGGGAGACUGCCUAUGGUAAGUAG